UCCCCCGCGCACGGGCGGCGCUCACUCAGUACCGCCGAGUAAACGAACCUGGAGCCCGGCUGGCUGGAGGCCCGCUGGCCCCUUCUGCACCCGAAGCCCGCAGUGGGCAGGGAUCCUCUCUGUUGCCGAAUCGGACCCUCCCCGGCGCUUAGAACAGUGUCCCGCGCACGGUUCAAUGGGAGCCACCCCAGGGAGUCGGAUGCCUAUCUAGCCGCCUCGUCGCAUUAGGAGAUUGCAAUGAGUGGGGGAGGAGAGCAGCCAGAUCUCCUCAGUGUUGGAAUACUGGUAAAAGAAAGAUGGAAAGUGUUGAGGAAGAUAGGAGGUGGGGGCUUUGGCGAAAUUUACGAUGCCCUGGACUUGCUCACCAGGGAGAACGUUGCCCUGAAAGUGGAAUCGGCUCAACAACCCAAACAAGUCCUGAAAAUGGAAGUUGCCGUGUUGAAGAAACUGCAAGGAAAAGAUCACGUUUGCAGAUUCAUUGGCUGUGGGAGGAAUGAUCGAUUCAACUAUGUGGUCAUGCAGUUGCAGGGUCGGAAUCUGGCAGACCUACGGCGGAGCCAGGCCCGAGGGACUUUCACGCUCAGCACGGCCCUGCGUCUGGGCAGGCAGAUCCUGGAGGCCGUGGAGAGCAUUCACUCCGUGGGAUUCUUGCACCGAGACAUCAAACCGUCCAACUUCGCCAUGGGACGCUUCCCUAGUACGUGUAGGAAGUGCUACAUGCUAGAUUUUGGCUUGGCUCGGCAGUUUACCAAUUCCUGUGGUGACGUCCGACCGCCUCGGGCCGUGGCAGGAUUCCGAGGGACGGUGCGCUACGCCUCGGUUAACGCUCACCGGAACAGGGAAAUGGGAAGACACGAUGACCUCUGGUCCUUGUUCUACAUGCUGGUGGAAUUUGUGGUUGGACAGCUGCCUUGGAGAAAAAUCAAAGACAAGGAACAAGUUGGCUCUAUUAAGGAGAGGUACGACCAUCGCCUCAUGUUGAAACAUCUCCCUCCGGAGUUCGGCAUUUUUUUGGAUCACAUCUCUUCGGUAGAUUAUUUUACGAAGCCGGAUUACCAGCUCCUUACGUCCGUGUUUGACAACAGCAUCAAGACCUUCGGAGUGAUCGAGAGCGACCCGUUCGACUGGGAGAAGAGCGGCACCGACGGGUCCCUGACGACAACGACCACUUCCACGACUCCCCAGUUACACACACGCCUGACACCCGCCGCCAUCGGAAUUGCCAAUGCCACUCCUAUCCCGGGAGACCUACUGAGGGAAAACACAGAUGAAGUAUUUCCAGACGAGCAGCUUAGCGAUGGGGAAAACGGGAUCCCCGUUGGAGCGUCACCUGAAAAACCGCCUGGGUCUUCAGGGCCGCCUCGCCCCCAGGAAAAGGAUGUGUGGGAGGAAAUGGAUGCCAACAGGAACAAGAUAAAGCUGGGGAUCUUCAAGGCUGCGACGGAGGAGGAGAAUAGCCACGGUCCAGCGAACGGAAUCCCGACCGCGCCAAGCCUUGGUUCUCCGAUCCACGUCCGCUCGGAAACGGCCCAGCCGGAGCGAGACGUUCCCCUGGUGCGGAAGUUACGGUCCAUCCACAGCUUCGAGCUGGAGAAGCAUCUGACGUUGGAGUCGAAGCCGGACACCGAUAAAUUUCUGGAGACCUGCCUGGAGAAGAAGCAGAAAGAAUCCAGCGGUAGGAAGGAACCCGUCCUCCCCGCUUCUCUUCUUCAUAAGCCCUUCGCUCCCGCCCUGAGCCACGCCGACCGCGUCUGGCACUACGACGACGAGUACCCGCCGGACGCCUCGAGGCGGGGCUCGGCCCAGUCCCCCGAGCGGGCAGACGGGGCAAGUAACGGGUUCGUAGCCGUCAACCUGAGCUCCUGCCGGCAGGAAGUGGAUUCCAAGGACUGGGUGAUGGUCGACAAGGAGCACGAUCUUCGCGACUACGGGACCGGCGAGGGCCUGGGACACAGAACCACGGGGAGCCCUUCGGACGAGGAGCCGGAGGUCCUGCGAGCCCUGGAGGAGUCUCCUCAGGAGGAGCCGCCGAGGCCAGGCCUUUGGGCCCGAAGCCGCCCGGCGAAGCACGCGGGGUCAGGCGCGGCGCUCGCUCCGGCGGAAGGGCGCUCGGCGGCCGGCGCUCCGGAGCCGACGACGGAGCUCACGCCCACAAGCCCCUUGGAGGCUCAAGCCGAAGGCCCCCUCACCCCGGUUACCGGUCCCAGGCCUUCGGUGGCUUCCGCCCAGUCCAUUUCGGGAAGCCUUCACUGUGGCCGUCAGCCGGAGAGGAACCCUCAGCCGGCCGACCGCGCCGCGGAGCUCUGCCCUCCCCGAGAGAACCUCCCCGCGUCGGGGACGCCAGAGGGCGAGCCCCGCGGCGGCGGGAGCGGAACGGAGCCGGGACCUCAGCCGGAUCCCGUUCACCGGGCCCGUCACACCAGGGAGCGGGGCAGAUCCCGCGAUUUGGGUCCGAGGGAACUCCCCGGGCCCAACUCGCCGGUUGCGAGGGAAUCCGAGAUCUUCCCGGGGGAUCCCGGAGAGGGAGGCGUCCUUCUGGGCGUGGAUAAUGACGAGGAGAAGCCGGAUCCGGGGCGGGGUUCCGCCGAGAUGGCCGCGCUCUCGGGAGCCUCGGAAGCCGUAGGGGGGCGGCCCCCCGCUCCCGAAGCGGCGGAGCCGAGGACCCUCGGCCUGGUGCCGGAUCACGACGCGGACCGCAAGCCGAUGAGGCCGCCGGCAGCCGGGGCCUCGGAGACCUCCCCCUCGAGAGGCGUCGGGCGGCGUCCCGAGGGACGGGUGGACGAGGGGGCCGCGGUGCCGCCGGACGGGCUCCGAGAGGGUGCCGCUGGGAGCCGAGGCUUCCCGGCCCCGCGGGGGGACCGCGCCGGGCCUACGGAGCGAGAGGGCGAGCCCGAAGACGCCGCCCCUCGGAAUGGAGACUCGGCUCCUUGCGUCUCGGAGAGCGAGCGGUCUCCGCCCUCCCGGAAGGACCCGGUCAGGGCACCCUCCGUGACCAGACACAGCCGGAUCCCCGUUUUAGCCCAAGAGGUGGACUCCGGCUUCGAGGCGGCUUCCCCGGUUUCCGCCAAAGAGAAGCUGCUCCUGAAGAAGGCCCACCAGCCGGACCUGGCGAAGCCGUUGGUGGAGAAGAGGCAAUUGCGCUCUUUCCUCGGCGACCUCUCUUCAAGUGCCUCCGACAGGUUGCCGGAGGAGAGGUCGAUGGCCGUCCCGGCUCCGUUUUCCGAGGAGGAAGUCUUCACCCCCUUCUCCGGAUUGACCCUCGACCCUAACUUAGGCAGGUCAGCGGAGGACAGCCCCCUGCUCCCCGUCAGUCCCCAGAUCAGAAAGAGCAAGAGCAAGAUUCCGAGGCCCGUGACCUGGGCUAGCGCAGAUCAGGUCGGCGGCUCGGCCUCGGCUCCGUUCCUCCCUCGGCCUCCGCCCGGAAGGCCCCCGUCUAGGCCUGGAGUGGAAGCUAGGCUACGCAGGUAUAAAGUCCUAGGGAGUAGCACCUCAGAUUCGGACCUUUUCUCCCGCCUGGCUCAGAUUCUUCAGAACGGAUCUCAGAAAUCCCGGAGCCCGACCCAGUGCAAGAGCCCGGGAUCCCCCCACGGCCCCAAAACGCCUCCCAAGAGCCCCAGUCUCCCUCGCCGGAGCCCUAGCGCCUCGCCGAGAAGCUCUUCCCUGCCCCGUACUUCCAGUUCCUCCCCCUCCAGGGCGGGGAGGCCCCACCACGACCAGAAGAGCGCGGCCCCGCAUCUGGGGCGGAGCAGAUCGCCUCCCGGCCAUUCGGUCUCCUCGGCGUCCAGGAGGUCCUUCCAGCAAGAACACUGCUGUAACAAGGCCGGCAAGAACAGCCUGAAGGGAUCCGGCGGCCCCUACCAUCACUCCGGCGGCCCAAAAGCCCCCGCGGGGAGAUGCAAGUCGGUCAGUAAACUCAGCAGAUAGGAACCGG